AUGAGCCUAGAGACUGAUGUACAGGCUUCGGUCUAUAAAAAGUCGCUAAAUAGUGAAUCAUCAUUGGAGAAAGCCUCAGUUGAAGUUGCAUCAAUUGAAGAUUCACCUAUUGAAGAAGUCAGAGCAAGUAUUCCUCCCACAGAUGAUCCUUCAUUACCCACUGCAACAUUCAGAGCUUGGAUUUGGGGUAUUGUUUUCUCUGCUGCCAUAUCAUUUACAAAUCAAUUCUUUUGGUUCCGAGCAAAUCCUUUGACAAUCAAGGUCAUUGUAGUUCAAUUGUUAGCCUUUCCAGCUGGCAAAUUAUCAGAAAAGAUCCUUCCUAACUAUGAAUUCGCUUUGGGUCGAUUCAGAUUCAACUUAAAUCCUGGUCCAUUCAAUGUCAAGGAACACGUCUUGAUCACUGUUAUGGCUAACGCAGCAGCCACUUCAUUUGAUGCUAUUGAUAUCAUUGUCGUUCAAAAGUUAUAUUACAACCAGGAUUGGGGAUUCGGUGGUGGUAUUCUGCUGGUACUCACCACCAGUUUGCUUGGUUUUGGUUUUGCUGGCGUUCUUCGACGAUUCCUUGUGCGUCCUGCAUCCAUGGUCUGGCCAAUCAAUCUUGUCAACGCUACACUUUUCCACACACUUCAUAAAGAGGUACCCAAAGAAGUUGCAGACGCUGAAGCACUGACUCCCGGAUUGAAAUUGAGUCGUAACAAAUUCUUUUUGAUUGCCUUUACUGCCUCUUUCUGCUGGUAUUUCUUCCCUGGUUACAUUAUUCCCGUGUUGACAUCCAUUUCUUGGAUUUGUUGGAUCAAGAAAGAUUCAAUCCUUGUAUCUCAAAUCGGUAGUGGUGUAAACGGCCUUGGUAUUGGUAGUUUCACUCUGGAUUGGAGUCAGCUUGCUGCAUGGUAUCCUAGUCCUCUUGCCAUUCCUUGGGUUGUUCAAGCAAACAUGCUCGCAGGCUUCGUCUUUUUCAUCUAUAUCUUGGUCCCCAUCAUCUAUUACACCGACACCUGGGAAAGUAAAAAGUUUCCUUUAUACAACACUCAUCAAUAUGACAUAUAUGGUGCUCCAUUUAACCGUACACGCGUGCUUACUCCUGAGCAGUUCCUCAAUGAAACAGCCUACGAGGAAUAUUCUCCAAUUCGUAUCACUGGAUUUUUUGCUAUCUGUUACGGACAAGGUUUAGCUGCCCUAGGUGCAAUUAUCACACACACCAUUCUCUAUAACGGUAAGGAUAUUUGGAGACGACUCAAGAAUGCACGUCAAGGAGACGACGACAUUCAUGCGCGAUUAAUGGACAACUACAAGGAAGUGCCUGAUUACUGGUAUGCUGUCUUAUUUGUCAUUGCUCUUGGCCUUAGUUUUGCCACGAUUAUUCAUUGGCCAUCAGAUAUUCCCUGGUGGGCAUUGAUCAUUGCUGUCGUGCUUGCUUUUGUCUGGUUACUGCCUAUUGGUAUCAUUACUGCCAUUACAUCACAAUCUCCAACUAUUUCUAUGAUUACGGAAUGGGUCUAUGGUGCCAUUCGUCCCGGUCACCCAAUUGGUAACAUGAUUUUCAAGACUUAUGGUUACAUCACUGUGCGUCAAGCUCUCUUGUUUGCUCAGGAUCUUAAACUAGGUCAUUAUAUGAAAAUUCCACCACGUGAAAUGUUUACGUUCCAAGUAGUCGGCACCAUCAUUGCCUCCUUUAUUUCUCUUGGAACAACCAACUAUCUGAUGAACUCCAUCCCAAAUAUCUGUACAAAGGCAGCUUACCCUUGGACAUGUCCUAACGCUGGUCUCUUUGGUGCAUCCUCCGUUAUCUGGGGCUUGAUUGGUCCUAACCGAUUCUUUGCUCCUGACUCUUUGUAUCAUGGCAUUGCCUUCUUCUUACUGGCCGGUUUCUUACUUCCCAUUCCAUUUUAUUUGCUGAAGAAAAAGUAUCCCAACUCUUGGGUUCGUCAUAUCAGUAUUCCUGUAGUCAUGUUGGGCCCAACUCCCUAUCCACCAGCACCUACUAACGUUGCUACGACAUGGGCGUUUGUUGGAUUCAUUUUCAAUUUCUUCAUCAAGAGACGUGCCAAUGCAUGGUGGAAAAAGUACAACUAUGUCUUAUCUGCUGCCCUUGAUUCUGGUGUUGCCAUCUGUGCCAUCGUUAUCUUCUUUGCUUUCCAAAACACUGAAAUCAAGUUCCCAACAUGGUGGGGUAAUAGCGGAGGCUCUGUAGAUCAAUGCCCACUUGCUACCACUAAUUGGACAGGUGUAGAUGUGUAUGCAUAA